AGAUAAUGGACUGCUGCCGGUUUACAACUGUGUCUCCUCCUCUUUCUUUUUUACACUUUACUUUCACUUUCUAUGAAGAAGAUUGUUUUCUGCAUCUAAACCUCCGGCUGAAGAUCAAAGUGUUUGUGAGCUGAUGUGGAUGUGAGUUCAGCAGCAUGAGUCAGUGUGAGGACAGAGAGGAGGGAGUCCCUCCCUCUAAAAACUCUCUGUGUGGGGAACAUGACAGCCAGACCAAAGCUCAGAGACUUGGACCUGGACCUGAAUCCAGCUGUUUGUCCUUCAAGAGUGACUGGUCCAAUGAACGCUUCAUUGAUUUUAAAGGACGACAACCCUCUGCUGCAAAGAGAGUGGACCAGGAGAGCUCAGAAGCUCCCAGUGGUCAGUCUGUCCAGCAGCAUCAAAUAGACCUGGACUCCAUAUUUAUGCUGCUGGAGGACAACAUUGUCACUUUUGUGAAGAAUGAACUGAAUAGGUUCCAGAGUUUUUUGAGAUCAGAUUAUUCAGAAUGCUUGGAGACUCAGAGGAAGGAUGAGGAGGUGUUGGAGACUAAAGAUGAAAAGCAGAGGAGAAGCAGCAGAGAGGCAUUUCUGAAGAUCACACUGUACUUCUUGAGGAUAAUGAAGCAGGAGGAGCUGGCUGACUGUCUGCAAAGCAGAAAUCCUGUUCCAGUUAGUUUCCAGCGUAAACUUAAAUCUAACCUGAAGGAGAAGUUCCAGUGUGUGUUUGAGGGGAUUGCUAAAGCAGGAAACCCAACCCUUCUGAACCAGAUCUACACAGAGCUCUACAUCACAGAGGGGGGGACUGCAGAAGUCAAUAAUGAACAUGAGGUCAGACAGAUUGAAACAGCAUCCAGGAAACCAGACAGACCAGAAACAACAAUCAGACAAGAAGACAUCUUUAAACCCUCACCUGGAAGAGAUGAACCAAUCAGAACAGUGAUGACAAAGGGAGUGGCUGGAAUUGGGAAAACAUUCUUAACACAAAAGUUCACUCUGGACUGGGCUGAAGACAAAGCCAACCAGGACAUACAGUUCACAUUUCCAUUCACUUUCAGGGAGCUGAAUGUGCUGAAAGAGAAAAGGUACAGCUUGGUGGAUUUUGUUCAUCACUUCUUUACUGAAACAAAAGAAGCAGAAAUCUGCAGGUUUGAAGAAUUCCAGGUUGUGUUCAUCUUUGAUGGUCUGGAUGAGUGUCGACUUCCUCUGGACUUCCACAACAAUGAGAUCCUGACUGAUGUCACAGAGUGUACCUCAGUGGAUGUGCUGCUGACAAACCUCAUCAGGGGGAACCUGCUUCCCUCUGCUCGCCUCUGGAUAACCACACGACCUGCAGCAGCCAAUCAGAUCCCUCCUGAUUGUGUUGACAUGGUGACAGAGGUUAGAGGGUUUACUGACCCACAGAAGGAGGAGUACUUCAGGAAGAGAUUCAGAGAAAAGAAGCAGGCCAGCAGAAUCAUCUCCCACAUCAAGGCAUCACGAAGCCUCCACAUUAUGUGCCACAUCCCAGUCUUCUGCUGGAUCACUGCUACAGUUCUAGAGGAAUUGCUGAAGACCAGAGAUGAGAGAGAGCUGCCCAAAACCCUGACUGAGAUGUACAUCCAUUUCCUGGUGGUUCAGUCCAAACUGAAGAAUGUCAAGUAUUAUGGAGGAGCUGAGACAGAUCCACACUGGAAUCCAGAGACCAGGAAGAUGAUUGGGUCUCUGGGAAAACUGGCUCUUGAGCAGCUGCAGAAAGGCAACCUGAUCUUCUAUGAAUCAGACCUGACAGAGUCUGGCAUCGAUAUCAGAGCAGCCUCAGUGUACUCAGGAGUGUUCACACAGAUCUUUAAAGAAGAGAAAGGACUGUACCAGGACAAGGUCUUCUGCUUUGUCCAUCUGAGUGUUCAGGAGUUUCUGGCUGCUCUCCAUGUCCAUCUGGCAUACAUCAACUCUGGAGUCAAUCUGCUGUCAGAAGAACAGUUAAUCUACCAUGAAUCUGCAGUGACACAGUACUUCCACAGUGCUGUUGACCAAACCCUAAAGAGUCCAAAUGGACACCUGGACUUGUUCCUCCGCUUCCUCAUGGGACUUUCACUCCAGACCAAUCAGACUCUCCUACGGGGCCUGCUGACACAGACAGGAAGUGGCUCACAGAACAAUCAUGUAGCAGUUGAGUACAUCAAGAAGAAGAUCGAAGAGACUUCUUCUGCAGAGAGAACCAUUAAUCUGUUCCACUGCCUGAACGAACUGAAUGAUCAUUCUCUAGUGGAGGAGAUCCAACAGUCCCUGAGUUCAGGAAGGCUUUCCACAGAUAAUCUGUCUCCUGCUCAGUGGUCAGCUCUGGUUUUCAUCUUACUGUCAUCAGAAGAUCUGGACAUAUUUGACCUGAAGAAAUACUCUGCUUCAGAGGAAGCUCUUCUGAGGCUGCUGCCAGUGGUCAAAGCCUCCAACAAAGUUCUACUGAAUGGUUGUAAUCUUUCAGAGAGAAGCUGUGAAGCUCUGUCCUCAGUUCUCAACUCCCAGUCAUCUAGUCUGAGAGAGCUGGAUCUGAGUAACAAUAACCUGCAGGAUUUGGGAGUGAAGCUGCUUUCUGCUGGACUGGAGAGUUCACACUGUACAUUGGAAACUCUCAGAUUGUCAGGCUGUAUGAUCACAGAGGAAGGAUGUGCUUCUCUGGCCUCAGCUCUGAGCUCCAACCCCUCCCAUCUGAGAGAGCUGGACCUGCGCUACAAUCAUCUAGGAGACUCAGGAGAGAAGCUGCUGUUUGGACUGGAUGAUACACAAUGGAGACUGGACACUCUCAGGGUGGAGCCUGCUGGAAUCCGAUGGUUGAGACCAGGUCUGAGGAAGUAUUCCUGUGAACUCACACUUGACACAAACACAGUAAACAGAAAGAUCAAACUGUCUGACAACAACAGGAAGGUGACGCUUGUGGAGGAGUAUCAGUCAUAUCCUGACCAUCCAGACAGAUUUGACAAGUGUCCUCAGCUGCUGUGUAGAAAUGGUCUGACUGGUCGCUGUUACUGGGAGGUUGAGUGGAGUGGAAGAGUUUCUAUAUCAGUCAGUUACAGAGGAAUCAACAGGAAAGAAGAUAGUACAGACUGUGUGUUUGGAGAAAAUGAUCAGUCCUGGAGACUGAUCUGCUCUGAUGGUGGUUACUUUGUCUGGUACAAUAAUAGUAGAACAUCCAUCUCUUCCUCCUCUGUCUCUAAGAGAGUAGCAGUGUAUGUGGACUGUCCUGCUGGCACUCUGUCCUUCUACAGAGUCUCCUCUGACUCACUGAUCCACCUCCACAGCUUCAACACCACAUUCAAUGAACCUCUCUAUCCUGGAUUUGGAUUUGGGUUCUUGUCUGGUUCCUCAGUGUCUGUGAGUUCUCUGUAGGAGGGAUAGUCUCCUCUGUUAGAGAAACAUUAACCAUAUACUUGAUCAUUUGGCCUCAUUGUCAAAGUGAAAAUGAACAGAGCCUUCAGUUACCAAGCUCCUCUCCUGUGGAACCAGCUUCCAGUUGUGGUUCGGGAGGCAGACACCCUCACCACAUUCAAGAGUAGGCUUAAGACAUUCCUCUUUGAUAAAGCUUAUAGUUAGGGCUGGAUCAGGUGAGUCCUGAACCAUCCCUUAGUUAUGCUGCUAUAGGCCUAGACUAUCGGGGGAUUUCCCACGGUGCACUGAGCUCUUUCUUCCUCUCUCUUUCUGCACUCAUUCAUGUCCCAUUAAUGCAUGUUACAAACUUCACUUCUUCCCCGGAGUUCUUGUGCUUUCUCGUCUCGCAGGUUCUCAUGGAUCCUGGUGGAGCCUCCUGCCAUGGUCCUGCUUGACUGCCAUUGCCAAUACUGUUGUUGCUGUGCACCUGUCUGUCUGUCUGUCUCUCGCUCUCUCUCUCUCUGCCUCUCUCUCUCUCUCUCUCUCUCUCUCUCUCACCCCAACUGGUCGAGACAGACGACCACCCACCUAGAGCCGGAGGAUCUGUCCUAGGUUCCUGCCUUUUAACAGGCAGUUUUUCCUUGCCCUUGUCGCCAAGUGCUUGCUCAUGGUGGUACUGUUGGGUCUCUGUAAUUAAUGUUAAAGAGUUCGGUCUAGACCUGCUCUAUUUGAAAAGUGUCCUGAGAUAACUUCUGUUAUGAAUUGGCGCUAUACAAAUAAAAUUGAAUUGAAUUGAA